UCAGAGAGAGAGAGGGACUGUGGUUAGACAGACAGAGAGAGAGAGUGUGAGAGGGCGAGGCACUGACUGAGACACAGGUCCCUGUCAGACAGGUCACCAUGUUUUGAUCAUUGUUUCUGUGCCUGUCCAGGUGUCUUGGAUUGCUCUAACCCCGUGUGCAGACGUUACCAUGAACUCAGUUAUGAACAUCAAUCCUUGGGCCACGAAGUUCUCAGGUCCCAAUCCCGCUGCAGACCCCCGGAGAAUGAGGAGAAUCAUUGCAGAGGAUCCUGAGUGGUCCCUGGCCACAGUCCCGCUUCUCUCUGACUUGUGCAUCAAUCAUAUUGUGGCAAACUUUGCUGAGCAUCCCCUUUUGAUGCAACUUCAGGAGAAAGACAGACGCAAAGUGUUGGCCAAGAUUUCUACCAAUAUCCCACUAAAAGUGACAGCGAACCUGAUCAGUGAUGAAGGUUAUUGGAAACGGUGUUGCCUUGAAUGCUGGGAGGUCUGUGACAUCUCCAGCUAUGGAAACAGCUGGAAGAGAAUGUUCUUUGAACGUCUGCUGAAAAACAUCAUUGAGUUCUUUGUCCCCGACACCACCGAUGUAAAGGUGGUCCUGGACCUGGUGCCGCUCUGCAGAAACUAUGUGAAGACGUUAGAUGUUGCCCAGCUACUUCCUCCUGUCAAGCAAUCCUCUGAGGCAAUGGACGAUGACUCUUCAGAUGCUGGCAGUGAUAGUGAUGUGAUUGGACCUUCAGUAGAUCACUUCGACUUCAGCAUCUUGCUUAGCAAACUCAUCAAUCUUGAAGAGCUCCAUGUGACCUAUGGGGUCAAGGACUGUGGGAUGAAUUUUGAAUGGAACAUCUUUCAAUUCACUUACCGAGACUGCUUCUCGCUGGCAAAGGCUAUCAAUUCUUGCAAGACCUUGAAGGUGCUCAAACUCCCUCGAAACAGAAUUGAUGAUGAGAAACUGCGAGUGUUGGUGAAGUACAUGCUGAACCAUCCUUCACUGAUAGAACUGGACUUGUCACACAACUUGAUCCAGGACAAUGGGGCAAAGGUCCUGGCCAAGCUUCUGCACAAGACUAAACUGGAAAAAGUCAAUCUGUGUAACAACCGCAUCUCAGCUUAUGGAGCUAAAGCCAUCUCCUACAAAGUCAGGCGUUUCUCAACCCUCAAAUCCAUCAACUUUUGUCUCAAUCAAAUCGGGGAUGAAGGGGGAGAGGCCUUAGGCAGAGCGCUUGUGAAAUCCUCAGUGGAAGACAUCAACUUGUCAUGCAAUGAGCUGACGGAGCCUGUGGCCGUGGUCUUCUCUGAACUCCUGACAAAAAACCACACCCUAAAAUCCAUUGACCUGUCAUGUAAUAAUUUAGGCCUGGAAGGAGGAAGGCAGCUACAAGAGGGAAUGUCAAUGAAUAAGACUGUAAUGGAGUUUGACCUGCGGCUGACAGAUAUUGGCCAGGAGAAUGAAUAUGCCAUCAACCAAAUCCUACACAAUAACCGCGAGAGGGUAAGGAAUGCCAUCUGCCGCCCAUUUAAGGCCAUCAAAGCCAGUGAGGUUGCAUCAGACCACUACCUAGCAGAGGACUGAAUCCACAACACCCUUCCUUGGCAUAAAUCACCCACUCAUUCCACUGUGCUCUGCUGUGAGUCAGUACUAAAAGUUCACAUUGUUGGACGGUUUUGUAUUAAAUAAAGCAAAACUAUUUUUAUAGUGUUCCAAAAUAAAUCUAUAGUUU